GCGGAAGCGAAGGGAAGACAAUAAUAAACAAAAGUAGCUCAGUUUUCGUGUGCAUAGGUGGCAUUUUAUUCAAAUGGAUUUAUAUACCGUUUAUAUAUUUACAUACUUAAACGUAUCUGCGUCGGUCUUACGUGUUUUUAAUCGAGUCUUUACUUAAAAGAAGCUGAAGCGACGACUUAUUACUAGAGUAGUAAACCUCUUUUCAGAUUGUGGAUUAUCAAGAUUCAAUUACCAUGUCGAUAUUUAGCGUACAAGCGAGGAAACAUACAACAUAUUAUGACCAUCUACUGUCAACAGCAUCGUCCAGGACACCCGGCAGAGAGCGCCCAACAGGACAAAAGGCAUCAGACGUAUCUCUAGGAAAAAGUGACAUAUCAAGCGCCGAAUCUGCAUGUGAAGACAGAUUAUCCGAUAAAAGCCGUUUGGUAAACAGGACCUAUGUCAUCUCCGCGCUGUCAAAAAGCGGCAGUGGGCAGCAGACUCCUUAUCGAGGCCGCCUCACCCUUCAGAGAAGAUCAAGAAGGAAGACCAGAGCUGAAACAGCAGAUAAUACCAUGACUGAAAGCAGCCAGAACACCACUCCAGCUCCGGAGAAGAGACUCACUCUACAGCGCAGGACCAGGACUCCCUCCAUGGAUAAAAGUGCACGUGUGCAGCGCGGGGUCAGCGGUGCUGGCCACCAGCCAACACCGAAAAUACUCAGUGAGCCAAACGGUAGGACUCCUGGUUUAUUCAGGUCCACGAGUUUAAGAGAAACUGCUUCUAAGCGCAAGGGACCAGAAGCCGAAUCUCGUGCGGAAAUCCAGAAAAACCUUGGACACAUUAAGGCGUCCUACUCUUCUUCAUCUUCAUCCUCAAGCAGACAGCUGGAAGAUCAGGCCCAAACCUUUAAAACGCCCACCAAAAAGACCCCAUUUGAGAAAAUUGCCGCAAGGAGAGACGUCUUCGAGAAACUGGCGUGUAAAGAAGUUCCAAAAACGGUGGUUGUUAAAUCUGCAGGUCUUGAGAGAUCCAAAUCACGAUCACAUCAAGGGGAAGUCGCCAAGCCCGUGCCAGUACCUCGGGUCAGCAAGGCCACCACAGGUGUGCACAACCCAAACCCUGCAAUGCAGGUGAGAAAGACAGCAAGCUCACACCAAACAGGAGACGCGACCAUGGUUAGGACCUCCAGUGCUGCUCCAGCACCCAGUGACGAACCCUUGUCCAACCCCAGUAAGGCUUUGAAGCAGGAGAACUCAUUUAAGAUGGAAAACAGUGCAGUGACUGUGGCUGUCCGUGUCCGGCCGUUCAAUGCCAGGGAGAAGGCAGAGAAGACAUUGCAGGUCAUCUUCAUGAAAGGUCAGGAGACUGUUGUCCAGCAUCCGGAGUCCAGACAGAGCUACUCCUUCACAUAUGACUUCUCUCUCUGCUCGGUGGAUGACAGUGACCCCAACUUUGCCAGCCAAAAGACAGUGUACGAGACCCUGGCCAAACCUCUGCUACUGAGGGCCUUUGAAGGAUUUAACACCUGCCUGUUUGCUUAUGGCCAAACUGGUUCUGGCAAGUCAUACACGAUGAUGGGCUUUGAGGAGGAGGCAGGAGUCAUACCACGUUUUUGCCAGGAUCUCUUUUUGAAACUGACCUCUAUGGAAAAUGAAGAGGUCAAAUGUCAUGUUGAGAUGAGUUACUUUGAAGUGUACAAUGAGAAGAUCCAUGACCUCCUGGUAACUAGAGAUGAACCAAACCAGAGGAGGAUGCCGCUGAGGGUGAGGGAGCAUCCAGUCCACGGCCCUUAUGUUGCUGAGCUCUCUGCGAAUGUGGUGAGCUCCUAUAAUGACAUUAAGGGCUGGCUGGAGCUUGGUAAUAAACAAAGAGCCACAGCAGCUACAGGAAUGAAUGACAAGAGCUCCAGAUCUCACUCUGUCUUCACCCUGGUUAUGACACAAACUAAGACUGAGUUUGUGGAAGGAGAGGAACACGAUCACAGCAUCACCAGCAGGAUAAACUUGAUAGACCUGGCUGGCAGCGAGCGCUGUAACUCGGCUCAGACAAGUGGAGACAGACUCAGGGAAGGGGUUAGUAUCAACAAGUCCCUGCUAACUCUUGGAAAAGUCAUCUCUGCCUUAUCAGAACAGGCACUGUCCAGGAAGAACGUCUUCAUACCCUACAGAGAGUCUGUCCUUACCUGGCUGUUGAAAGAGAGCCUCGGUGGAAACUCGAAGACGGCCAUGAUUGCUACUGUGAGCCCAGCGGGCAGCAACAUGGAGGAGAGCCUGAGCACGCUGCGCUACGCCCAAAAAGCCCGCACAAUCAUUAAUGUGGCUAAAGUCAAUGAGGACACCAGUGCCAAGCUCAUUAGAGAGCUGAAGGCAGAGGUAGAGAAACUACGAGCUGCCCAGAUGAGCUCCCAGGGCGUUGAACCGGAACGAGUCAGGCUGUUCCAGCAGGAGAUCACCGCCCUGAAAAACAGACUCUGCCAACAAGAGCGCGAGAUGGUUGAGGCCAACCGAGCAUGGAGAGAGAAACUUGAGCAAGCAGAAAUCCGUAAACGGGAAGAAACCAAAGAGCUACAGAAAGCAGGUGUGACAUUCAAAGUGGACAACCGUCUUCCCAACCUGGUGAACCUGAAUGAGGAUCCUCAGCUGUCAGAGAUGCUCCUCUACAUGAUCAAAGAGGGUCGAACCACAGUGGGCAAGCUGAAACCUGACUCCAGCCAUGACAUCCAGCUCACUGGAGCCCUCAUUGCUGACCAACACUGUGUUAUAUCCAACAUCGACAGUACUGUCAGCAUAAUUCCAAUGGAAAACGCCAAGACCUUUGUUAAUGGGAAUCUCAUCUCCUCAUCUACUGUCCUCCAUCAUGGCGACAGAGUUAUCCUUGGGGGAGAUCACUACUUCCGCUUCAAUCAUCCUGCAGAGGUGCAGUCUGGGAAGCGGGUAUCAUGCUGGACAAGCUCAGGCGAUGGCCAUAAAGACUUUGAAUUUGCCAAAAAUGAGCUGCUUGCAGCUCAAAGAGCAAAACUGGAAGCAGAAAUUGAAGAAGCCCAUUUAAAGGCAAAAGAAGAGAUGAUGCAGGGGAUUCAGAUGGCAAAAGAGGUGGCUCAGAAAGAACUUUCUGACCAGAAAACUGCCUAUGAAAACAGGAUCAGAGUCCUAGAGAGAGAGCUGAAUGAGGAGAGUGAGCGGAAGCGUCUGCAGGAUUUACAUCAGCAGAAAGUGGCCAACCAGAUGGAGGAGCUCAAAGUGGCGAAGCUGGAGCUGGAGCAGGAGGUGGACACCCAGAGGAAACGCCUCCGUCUCCACAUGGAGGCCCAGGCUAUGGAAGAACAUCGAGUAUGCCAAGCAAAGAUUGUUGAGGCCCUGGAGGCGGAGAAGAGGAAGAUCAGCAAGGAGCUGGAAGAGAUGCAGAAGAAAAGAGCUUUAAGAGAAAACCACAAUCACCAAAAUGCUUCUCCACAGUGGGAUGCCAUGAAGCUUUCAUUGAUGAUUGAGGAAGCCAAUAAAAUCAGUUCUAAACUGAGGAAACAUACCGUUUUCAGCAGACAUGAAAGCUCCGACAAUGGGAACAUGGAGCAAGAUGGUCUGCAGGUGCGGGUUCAAAACACAAAACUGGGAAUCUCCACCUUCUGGAGUCUGAACAAGUUCCAAAACAACAUGAUCGCCAUGAGGGAGCUCGAGCAGGUGGAUUCCGCCUCUAAAGAUGAUGAUGUGUUUUAUGACCCUGAUGACGAGUGGGAGCAAGAUAUAUCGGCCUCGCAUGCUUCCACGUCCUCCUUUUCUCGCCGAAGGAGCCGGAGUCUUCUGAAGAGUAGGAGGAUCUCAGGGCGUCUCUAUGAGAUCCGGGUCCAUCCAAUUCAGAGCCUCCUCACUGGCCCCUCGCAGUCUGCUGGAUUGAUGGGUGUGGCCAAACCUCCCUCCACCCGUUCCAGCACGACAGACUCAGCCAUUGCUGGCAUCUGCAAGGAGCUGAUUGGUCAGUCAGUGUCCCGUCUGCGUAGUUUUAGCGGGACAGAAGCUAGUCUGGCGGAUAGACUGAUUUCUGAUUUAAAUCUGGUGUAUGUGGCGGUCCAAACCAUAUCUGACCAGUAUGACAGCCUGGAUGAUGACAGCCAAGACAGUGUGUUUGGUUGUAAUUUGGUGGCUCAAGCUGAGCUGGUCAAAGCCACUACAGCCAUAGAGGGUGCAGCGUUUGUCACCAUGCAGUGGCUGGCCAGUGUUAAACCCUCCUCCGGCCUGCUCUACACCAUCGCUGAAGAACUCAAGAGUCAAGUCAAGAAAAUGGGAGGAUUCUUCCAGAUGCUUAUUCAGGGUUGUGAGUCAGAGAUCACAUCAAUGGUGGUGGAGGCACGGAAGAAGAGCAGUCGGUGUUUGGAUGCAGCGUUGCUUGCAGUUGGCCACAUGGCAGCGUUGACAGGCAUGCCCCUGAACAUCACUGGGACGGGUGCUCAGGCCACAGGCAAGGAGUCUUUUCUUCUGAAGGGAACCAGUAAGGGCAUCCUCUCUCUCUUUGAGGAGAUUCUCACCACCGCCAAAGAAAUGCUGAGAGAGGCUCAGCUGGCCUAUCCCAGAAACCCAGUCCUGCAGAGUCUAAAAUCCAAAACUCUUGAUUUAGCUCGUGCCCUGCAGAGCUACAUAAAUUGCCUUAUUUUGCAGGAAAGAGAAUCUGAUCCAGAGGAGGUGGAGGAAGGGGAGGAGGCCUUUGCUGCUCAAUUACAGAAACUGAGUACUACAUCAACCAGUCUGUUCCAGCUGAACCAAGCCAUCCAACAGCUGCAUUCCCAUCUGUCUAGAGCCUUGCAAGGUACAGGAAGAAAUUCUGACCUCAGCAAAUGCGGAGAGCUGAUCUUUUCUUCUGUGAAGACUGUUGACAAGCUGAUCACUGGUCUGUCCAAGGAGGGAGCGAUGUCCACAAUGUCCCUGCAGCUUCCCUGUCUUCAGACUGUGAUAACUGUACGAGAUGAGCUCCACUCUGCGCUGCAGGCCCUGUCCUCUUCCUGGAGCCAGCAAGGGGAAGGAGAGGGCAGAAGUUCAGCCGGCUCUGAGAAGGCUACAGAAAAUGAUUUGUUGACCAAAGAAGGAGUUAUCACUCACAGUGCUGUUAGAAACAGAGUUGUAAGUAAGAUUGUAUACUCCCUCGCUCCAGGUGCGCAAUGCAACGGCAGCCCGCACUGGGUGUAAUGUGUGUUUGUUGGGAUUAUUAUGUGUCUACACUAUUUUUGUUAGGGAUUCCCUUUUUUUAAAAAAAAAAAUCUGUUUUUGUAAUUGUAAACAUAGAUGAGACCUCUAACUUCUCAAAACUAGCUAAGCCCCCCUUUUUUUGAGCUGGACCAAUCACUUCACUCACCAGAAUAUUUAACAUUUAUAAAGGUGGACAAACAUAAUUCAGAGUUAAUGCUUGUAAGGAAAAUGUUAUGCUCAUGCUGUGUAAGACUAUUAUCCACUCCAUUUACAUGAUGUAUUAAAAAAAAAAAAAAGUAGAAUAACUUAUAAGUUAUGUGUGGGAGUCAUAAAGCCCCUGUGUUUGUGUGCAACUGGACCUCCCACACUUGCUUUCUGAGACAAGAACAGUAGUCCAAUUAAAUGACAAUCCAGCUGUAGUGUGGCAUUACCUAAUUGUACAUGUAAACAUACUGUCUGCUACUUCUUUUCACAGGCCACUAAAGGCUUCUGAAUAUUUACAUUGAUCAAAACAUUUAGUGUUUUAACUGAUUUAAUUUCAGCACCUUUCAGCUCAGGUACGCUGUUUUGUAAAAGAAUUACAGAGAAACUUGUUUCCAUUCUUGACUGUACUUGCUGAUGAGGGAAUAUUUUGUUCUCAUGUUUUCAUAAUCUGCACUCAGGGAGGAACUUGUAUAUUGUUUUGGUUUCUUCCUAAUAUAUGUACGUAAAUAAAGUGCUGUUCUGUUACCUUUUA